AUGUAUUAUAAACCCAUUGAGCUUGUGUCAUCCAAAACGCCACACUUCUGCAGACCAGAAAUAAGAAAAGUCAAGAGAGUUCUUUUCGGAGCUGUCGAUCACAUCGCCACUCAAAGAUUCGUGGACCAAGAAUUAGAAAAAGUCAGAGUGACGAAGUCAGAGAAAUGGAACUUCGACUUCCAACAUGAACGAUCAUUGAGCCCAAGCGGAGAUUACCAAUGGAAACCUGCGACUCCUGUUAAAAAACAACCUUUAAGUUUGAAACAUGCCAUAAUUGAAUUCGAAGGUCAAGAUUUGUACCCCAUUCCCGAUGAUAUUAUCAGACCUAUUCCUAUUAUGCUUUCAUCAACGCCGAGAGAAGAGGUGACGUCACCCAGAAAAACGCAUCCAAGAACACAACCACAGCGUCUUAUUACCGGUGAGUAA